AUGCUCGAGGUGGCAUGUUUCAACGUCGCAUCCGCCAUUGUAGCGGCCGAGAAUCAUGCAGAUCGCAUUGAAUUGUGUGAGGACCAAGCUGCAGGAGGAACGACACCGUCACUGGACUGGCUCAUCCAAGUCAAGGCUCGAGUCUCAAUUCCAGUCUUUGUGAUGAUACGACCUCGUGGCGGGGAUUUCGUAUACACAGAGGCAGAGUUCGCACGCAUGCAAGAAGAACUUCAAGCCUUUAAACAGAGUGCAGACGGCUUCGUCUUCGGCAUUCUUGACAGCGAGUCGAAGGUCGACAAGUCCAGGACAGCGGAACUCGUUCGCUUCGUCCACCCGAAGCCUUGUACCUUUCACAGGGCGUUUGACCAGACAUCCGAUCACUAUGCUGCACUAGAGGAUGUUAUCACCACAGGUUGCAAGGCCAUUUUGAGCUCGGGGGGACAGCCAACCGCGCUCGAGGGGAUCAACGUCCUCGGCGAGCUGGUCAAGAAGGCUGGAGAUCGGAUUGUCAUAAUUCCGGGUGGAAGUGUACGAGCAGCGAAUUCGGCUCGCAUCCUGCAAUCAACGGGAGCAAAAGUUCUGCAUUCUUCCUGCUGUCCUUCCAGCACYUCAUCCGCGAUCACCGCCGAGCUUCCUGAUGUUGCAGAAGUCAGGGGAAUGGUGCAAUCGCUGCAGUGA